AUGGGCAACGCUGCGCUGCGUGGUCCGGCGGUGGAGGAGCGGCUGACGCAGCCGCGCCGCCUGGUCCGGCAGCUCUCCGACCUCGACCCCGACCGGCUCCGGCGGCUCAUCCGCUCCGGCGACCUCGCGCCGUGCUUCGACGCCGCCGACGAGGACGGCCGCGCCGUGGAGUGCCCCAUCUGCUUCCACUUCUACCCGAGCUUGAAUCGAUCCAAGUGCUGCGGCAAAGGGAUCUGCACAGAGUGCUUCUUGCAGUUGAUACCGUCGAAGGCUUCCAGAGCUGUCCACUGCCCAUUCUGCAAAACUGCAGCCUACGCUGUCGAAUACCGCGGUGCUAGAACCUUGAGUGAUAAGAAACUUCAACAAGAAGAAGAACAGAACGUUAAUGAGGCUACGAUGAGAAUACAUUCCAAGACUCGGAAUAUCGGUGGACAGAUUCUCCCACCGUAG